AUGGCCGAUCUCAAUAUUUCAACCGAUAGCCCGGAUUUUCUGACUGAUGAUUCGCUCCAUGAAGCUUAUGAGCUGGAUAUCCAAUCAGAGAAAGGCCAAGAUGUGCGCUUUGGAGAGAUCGUCGCCUCCAAGGGAGAUUCAGUAACGAGCAUUGUCAUUUUUAUACGCCACUUCUUCUGCAUAUAUGACCAAGACUACGUUCGAACUCUGGCUGGAAAAAUCACCCAGUCCUUGCUCGACACUGUCCCGUCCAGCGCCAAACCAGCCCAAGUGAUCAUCAUUGGAUGCGGAGACCCUGCCCUCAUCGGACCGUAUAUGGAAGAGACAACUGAUGAGUUCCCGAUCUACUCAGAUCCAUCUGGAAAAAUCUACGAGAAACUCAAUAUGAUAAGGAGCACAGAUGGUAUUACAGAGCCACCUCCAUAUUCAUGUGAAUCAUUCUCAAGCGCUGUGGGGAAAACUUUCAAACAAAUGUGGAAGCGCGGGUGGGCUGGACUCAAGGGUGGCAGUUGGGAUCAGCAAGGGGGCGAAUGGAUCUUUCAACGCGGAAAACUCCGGUAUGCUCAUCGGAUGGAAGGGACCAGUGAUCAUCUUACAGCCGAGCGACUUUGUGAGAUUUUGAGCGUUGAUCAUGACCAAAGCAAUACCUCAUUAUCUGCGAAUACGACACAAGAGACCAAGGACACCCAAGGCAGUAAAGAAAUGGACGGUAAUCUAGAAAGCGGACAUCCAUCAGGCACCUAA